GCUUACAAAUGAGGUCAUUUUGGGGUCUUGAUACUUGCAGUAUCAUUAUGAGAGUGGGUGGACAGGGUGACCAGUGGGAAGCCAGCCUCAUCUACGUGGUCUCUGGUCUAUGUUCAGGGAUUAUGAAGUGUUUAUUGGCUCCACCCGACUUCACCGUUUUAAACACAGAGAAACCAGGAAAAACCAGGGCAAGAGCUCGUUGACUCCCUGGCUCCAAUCAUCUGAUGACCGAGAUACCAGCAAGUGACCAGCUGGUGGCCUCCCUUUUAGCCUGCUGGCUCCUGUCCACCACUGCCCAGGUCACCAUUGAAUCAGUGCCAUUCAAUGUGGUUGAAGGAGAAAAUGUCCUUCUUCUUGUUGACAAUCUGCCAGAGAAUCUUAUAGCCUUAGCCUGGUACAGAGGGCUGAGGAAAAUUGUUGUAUACACACUGAACACUAAAGUAAGUGUGAUGGGGCAAAUGUACAGUGGUAGAGAGAUAGUGUCCAGCAACGGGUCCCUGUGGAUCCACAAUGUCACCCGGAAGGACACAGGAUUCUACACCCUACGGACCGUAAAUAGACGUGGAGAAAUUGUAUCAACAUCAUCCAUGUACCUCUACGUGUACACCUCUCUUUUCAUCUGUGGGCGUCCUUCCUUCCCUGCCAAGCUCACUAUUGAGUCAGUGCCGCCAAGCGUUGCUGAAGGGGGAAGCGUUCUUCUCCUUGUUUACAACCUCCAGGAUAAGCUUCGAGGGCUUUCCUGGUACAAAGGGGCAUAUGUGUCUAGGAACCUUGAGAUUGCCCGACAGAUAAUAGCCAAGAAUUCAAGUGUGCCAGGCCCUGCCCACAGCGGUAGAGAGACAGUGUACAGCAAUGGAUCCCUCCUGCUCCAGAAUGUCACCCGGAACGACACUGGAUUCUACACCCUACGAACUCUGAAUAGACAUCGGAAAAUGGAAUUAGCACAUGUACAACUUCAGGUGGACACCUCCCUUUCUUCAUGCUGUGACACUCUUGACUCUGGCCAACUCAUCAUUGAUCCAAUGCCACGGUAUGCUGCAGAAGGGGAAAGCAUCCUUCUCCGUGUUCUUAAUCUGCCUGAAGAUGUCCAAGUUUUUUGCUGGUACAAAGGAGCAUUGACCUUCCAGAUCUUUAAAAUUGCAGAAUAUAGCAGAGCCAGGAACUCCAUCACCAAGGGGCCUGCUCAAAGCAGAACAGAGAGAGUAUACACUAAUGGAUCUCUCCUGCUCCAGGAUGUCACUGAGAAAGACACGGGCUUGUAUACUCUACAAACGAUAGACAGAAAUUUCAAAAUUGAAAAAGCACACGUGCAAAUCCAUGUGAACAAGCCUGUGACACAGCCCUUCAUGAGAGUCACGGAUAGCACAGUUAGAGUACAGAGCUCAGUGGUCUUCACUUGCUUCUCAGACAACACUGGGGUCUCCAUCCGUUGGCUCUUCAACAAUCAGAGUCUGCAGCUCACAGAGAGGAUCACACUUUCCCCAUCAAAAUGCCAACUACGUAUAAAUCCUGUCAGGAAAGAGGAUGCUGGAGAGUAUCAAUGUGAGGUCUUCAACCCAGUCAGCUCAAAGACCAGUCUCCCAGUCAGCCUGGCUGUGAUGAAUGAGUGACCCCUCUUCUCAUCCUACAGCAGGGGGAGGCAUUCCUUUGUUAAUAGGGUACAAAAUGGAUGAAAGUUACAUAGUAAAAAUUGUCAGUCUCCAGUCAUGUACCACCAGCAUGGUGGCUCAUGCCUGUAGUUUUGACAUAGCAGUGUGUAGAAGAACAGGCCACCAUUUUAAGUGAGACUUCGUGUCCAAAGGAAAAUAAAGACAUCAGUAUGGUAAACAGUAUUGCAAAUGUGUUAAGAGUUUAGGUUGUGGAUCUAGUAUAUCACUAGCCCUGAGAAUCCAUGGCAACUAGGUUCAGGAGUUCCCAAACUUCAGGAUUCUCUGAGUGCCCUUUUAACAUGGUACAGUGUCUGCACAGAGACAAACAUGCUCUCAUAUACUCCAAUAGUGUCACCUAACCCCAAAGCUACCUGGACAUCAGUCACCCAUGGGAAGUGAGGAAGUGACAGAAGGGACUGCCCAUAGUUCUCAGUGCACAUAACUGGCUACUAGAUAGUUUUGAUUCACAGUUUCUUUGAUGCACAGAAUUGAAAUAUUUUUGUGUAAAGGACAACUGGAGUGUUUCUAUCCCAAGGGUGGCAGUCACAGUGUGACCUUGCAUACAAUUCUUUGUCAUAUAAAUAUACAUAAUAUAGAUGAUAUAUAUAAAUAUAUAAUAUAUCCAACUCUA